UUUCUCGGAGUUCUCCCGGCUAGGGGCCGCAGGGCUGGCCUUCCGGGUUUGAGGUCCUCCGGGUUGGGCUGUGUCCCCGCCCCAGUCUCAACCCUCCACUCCCCGACCCGAGGCCCGGGCUCCACUGGGCACACGCAAGGACUGUGUUGCUGCCACUGUGGCGGGCCGCCACUGCCGCAGCCCUGAUGGGGGAUUGAGAGGCCACAGCUGGCCGGACAUGGGCCUCCCCACCGUGCCUGGUCUGCUGCUGCCACUGGUGCUUCCAGCUCUGUUGGCAGAUGUGUACCCCGCAGGGGUUCAUGGGCUGGUCCCUCACCCCGGGGACCUGGAGAAGAGAGAGAGUUCCUGUCCCCAAGGAAAAUAUAACCACCCGCAAAAUAGCACCAUUUGCUGCACCAAGUGCCACAAAGGUACCUAUCUGUACAAUGACUGUCCGGGUCCAGGGCGAGACACGGACUGCAGGGUGUGUGCUCCUGGCACCUACACUGCCUUGGAGAACCAUCUCAGACGAUGCCUGAGCUGCUCCAGGUGCCGGGACGAAAUGUUCCAGGUGGAGAUUUCGCCUUGUGUAGUGGACCGGGACACUGUGUGUGGCUGCAGGAAGAACCAGUACCGGGAAUACUGGGGUGAAACUGGCUUCCGGUGUCUGAACUGCAGCCUCUGUCCCAAUGGCACAGUGAAUAUCCCCUGCCAGGAGAGACAGGACACCAUCUGCCACUGCCAUAUGGGCUUCUUUCUAAAAGGCGCCAAGUGCAUCUCCUGUCAUGAUUGUAAGAACAAGGAGUGCGAGAAGUUAUGUCCAACCCGACCUUCAACUGGUAAAGACUCUCAGGACCCAGGCACUACAGUACUGUUACCCCUGGUGAUUGUCUUCGGGCUUUGCCUGGCAUCCUUCGCCUCUGUCGUCUUAGCAUGUCGCUACCAGCGGUGGAAGCCCAAGCUCUACUCCAUCAUUUGCGGGCAGUCGACUCUGGUAAAAGAGGGGGAGCCAGAACUCCUGGUCCCGGCCCCAGGCUUCAACCCCACCACUACCAUCUGCUUCAACUCCACCCCAAGUUCCGGUCCUGUCUCCAUUCCCCCUUACAUCCCCUGUGACCGGUCCAACUUCGGAGCCGUCGCAUCUCCCUCCAGCGAGAUGGCCCCGCCCCAUCUAAAGGCUGGCCCCAUCCUCCCGGGGUCUCCGGCCUCCACCCACCUCUGUACCCCGGGGCCUCCGGCCUCCACCCACCUCUGUACCCCGGGGCCUCCGGCCUCCACCCACCUCUGCACCCCGGGGCCUUCGGCCUCCACCCACCUCUGCACCCCAGUCCAGAAGUGGGAAGCCAGCGCCCCCAGCGCCCCCGAUCAGCUCGCGGAUGCCGACCCCGCGACCCUGUACGCGGUGGUGGACGGCGUGCCCCCGUCGCGAUGGAAGGAGUUGGUGCGGAGGCUGGGACUGAGCGAGCACGAGAUCGAGCGGCUGGAGCUGGAGAACGGGCGCCACCUGCGCGAGGCGCAGUACAGCAUGUUGGCGGCCUGGCGGCGGCGCACGCCGCGCCGCGAGGCCACGCUGGAGCUGCUAGGCCGAGUGCUGAGGGACAUGGACCUGCUGGGUUGCCUGGAAAACAUAGAGGAGGCGCUGGGCGGCGCCGCCCGCCUCGCGUCCGAGCCCCGCCUUCUCCGGUGAAGCCCCGCCCCUCCGACUGCGGACCGCCCCGCCCUGCAGACGGCUGCUUCCUUCCUGCGCCAGGCAGCCCGGAAGGAUCUGCGAGAUGCCCUGUGGACCUCCUGUUUUUUUUUUUUCUGGAGAGGAAGUCUUGGAGGAGCAGGCACGAUCUGGCAGCCACUGACCUGGUGCUACUCAGUGUACAUAGCUUUUCUCGGCUGCCUGAGUGUGUGUCUGCGUGCAGUGCGCGUCUGCGUGCAGUGCGUGUGUUUGUGUCUCUGUAUGUGCGUCUGUGUGAUGUGGAGUGUGUGUACUCGUGAGAGAGGCCGAGAAUGCCCGGAGCCCAAGGCAGUGGUUGCGAAGAUGAGGGGCGCCCUGCCUUAUUGCCUGUUUUUUGGACUUGGAGAACCCAGCAAGGCGACUUGGGGACCCUACGUCGAUCCCUGAGCCGGUUUCGCAGUAGAUAAGUCAUCUUUGUAUCCACUCUGCACAUCCACUCAUCCACUCUGUACACUAAUAGAAACUUUGUCCCCCUGCCUGGACCAGCUGAACUGUCCCCAGGCAGCGGGGGAGCACAGAACAAUGGGGCCUCCAAAGGGAGCUGUUCAGUUCAGUUCAGUUCAGUCGCUCAGUCGCGUCCGGCUCUUUGCGACCCCGUGAAUCGCAGGGACUUCUGUAAAUACACUAAAAUCUUCCAAAUUAAAGCUCUGCCCUGGAGGGA